ACAACCACCGGAAAUGACGUCGUAAUGUUUUGAAUCGUGCGGGCUAACGAGCAUCACCGAUAGAAAUCCCGUAACCACCGCACUGACCAGCUUCCCCCCUCAUACAUUUGGGGAAAACUUGAAACUUCAUGUUCCUGUAAUUUGCCACAGUAAGUUUGACUCCGUGUAAAGUCGCUCUGAUAUGCGAAAAACGAGAUUUGUCCGUCUAUUAACCGUAAACCGUUAUCUGGUUAGCAGACUAGCCCCCACUUAGCUAGCGCUGGAUCGCCAACAAGAUACUGAUAUAUCUCUGCAGAGAUAAACAUUUUAGUGUAGAAAGCAGGUUAAAUUUUUAAAACUGUGCAGCAGUUUAACUCUCCACUUUGUAAUAUGAGUAAGAAAACAUGACUACCCCACGCAGCGGGUUUGAUAAUAACAACGUAGCCGCCCCAUUGGUAAUUAACCAAACAGCUAGCUAAUAAGUAGCAUUAGGUAAUGUCCCAGUCAAAGCAAUUCCAGCACUGGACAUAGGAACUAACGCUGUUCUUGGCAUGAUUUAUCGUGCUUGGUGUCCUGCUAUUAAAGUUGCACGAACACCAUUUAACUUACUUUGUUAAACGAAGAUGCAAAGUGGGGUUCUUAGCGAAAUACUGCUGCGUCCUGGGUGACUUGUCUGGGGGUGUCUGCCUCAAACUGAACCCUGAGAUCAGUCAGUCCUUAAGUUCACGCUGCAGGUCAGAUCUGACGACCGUCGCAAUGACAUCAUAAGAUGCUGCAGCGCCAUGCUAGCUUUCACAACCAAGCUUUCAUAAGAAGCGCUUUUGUAACAUUUCCAUGUACGUGUGUGAGCGGGUAGUGUGUGCCAUGUUUGGUGCGUGGACGACAACUGCUAGUGCGGUUAUUUAAAAGUGUGUAGUCACUACUAGUCAACACCUCUAACUUCAUAUGUCCUCUGUAGAAGAACGCAAUGGACCUCCACAAAAUCAUCCACAACGCACUGCACGAAUUCAUCCAGACCUACAUUCCUGAUGCAGAUCUCAGGUAAACAAAUCAGCUCUUCUAUUGCAUCUUCAUAAAAGUCUGGUUCAAGCAGUUGUAGUGAAACUUUUAUUUUACCUUCAUUUUUCAGCACGCUGGAUGAUGUUCUUCUGUCCUACAUCACUGGAGUCCUGGAGGAUCUUGGCUCUCAACAGAGUGUAGAGGAAAACUUCGACGUGGAAGUCUUUGGAGAGAUGUUAGAAGCGUACAUACCUGGUUUUGCAGAAAUCGACAGGUAAACAGACUUUUAAAUUGUUGGUUUUUCUUUUGUAUUCUGUGUGAACCAAAGCAGUGUCAAAGGGGACCUGACACCAACCCGAUUUAAUCGACUGUUUUGACUUUUUUUUUCAUCUUUCAGUGUUAAAGUCUGCGAAAUGAUGUUCAGUCUGGCUUCCAAACUGGCCACUGCUCGAACCUCAGGUAUCACCUUUGUAAUUAUUCUUUUUUUUAAGUUAUGUAUAAUAUCAAGUAGAGUAUUUUAAUUUUUACAUAAAGAGUCAUGAAAACAAACCAUUUUGAUCCUUUAAGUAUUACUCAUUUGAAGCUCCUGCAAGAAACUUUGGUUCUUAGUUGACUUUGCAUGACCUCUGCAGACUAAGAUGUGCUUCUGAUCUGAUGUGGAUCGCCGUUAUCAAGUAUGCUCCUGUGUGUUGAUAUGUUUCAGCUGAUGAGCAAAAUGAUGUAUCUAAAACAAGAACUGAAGAGAUCUCCCUUAAACUCACCACCAUGACUGCUGAACAACCACCUGGAAGAGAAACGCAGUGCCUUGAAAAUCCAACAGAGGGCGCUGCUGCCAAGGUUAUUUCAAUCAUUUUAUAACAGCUAUAACUCAUGCCUGUUCUGCAGAUAAUCUUUGUUUCCACACAGAAAUAGAGAUUACAUAUUAAUAUGAGUAAUUUUUUUAGCUACAAGUUUCUGAAUGGGAGGCUCAGGAGCAGCACCUGCUGGAGAUGUUUCCUAAAUGUAGUCUCUCAGAAGCUCGCAGCGCCCUCUCUAUUGCCAAAGGAGACAUGGAGGAAGCUGUGCGUCUUAUCAUAGAGGGCGACAUCCAACUCAACCCUAGUCCCCUCAAUGUAAGUGUCUGCAGCAAGGAGAAAAAACCUCAUUUCACAUUAACAUUGUAACUACUGCCCUGGUUGCGUGUAUCCGAUAUCUCUCUGAUGGAAUCCUUUCACCACAGGUAAACCAGGGGAAGAACAUUUCCUCAUUGGCAGACCAAAAACUUAAAGAGAGCAUCCUUGAGAAGUGAGUAGAGAGCAGAAAUGUCUUGUUUCAGGUCUUAUAUCCAGCUAGACUCUUCAAACGGUCUUAAGGUCCUUACACACCGGGGUCAACGUGAACAUAGAAAACGAAAUUACGAAAUAUUCUGAGGUGAAUUUUGACGCGCCUGACUAUACACAUCGAGCCUGAUGCGAUUUUGCAACUUUUCGGGGGGAAAAGACGCAUCUCAAGGAAGACUUUUAAAAAAAUCAACCAUGAUCCAAAAAAAUAAAUGCUGCAAUAUCUCAGGACAGGAGAACGUGGCUGAUGUGAACGCUUGUAUUGACAGGAUACAGGUUCGAAAAAAAAAUAUUAACGUCCAAAAUAAUCGCACGACAAAAAUGGUCCUGGUGUGUAAGGACCUUUACUGGUAAAUAAACUUUUAACAGUGCUUCAUUUUUAAAAUUAUCUAUCUGGGGUUUGUUGCUCUAAUUUUCCUCUCCACAGAUACAUGUUAGUGGACAGAGAGGAGGACAAGAAAACACACCGGCCCGUCGCCCCCAAAGAUGUAACAAUUUGUUUGUACUCCACAUUAACUUUGUAGCUUUUGGCAACAGUUUUUAAUCAAAUACAACUGCCUAUCUAUUUUUUCACAGGCUCCAAAGAAGCUAGUUCGUUACCACAGCAACCAAGUGGUCACCACAAAAGGAGAGCGAUAUCAACUCGUGAAAACGAACGAGACAGAGGACAUGAAGAAGACGUACGUCAACCUCAAACCUGCACGGAAGUACAGGUUCCAUUGACGACCAGCACAAUACUGUAAGAGCAGCUACUGACAUUUUUGUUUACACUAUUUAUAAUUUAUUGUGUUCAUUUAGCCUGAAUUGUGAGAAUGUUUUUCCCGAGUAAAGGUCGAUAUUUGUUCAGCGAGUCAGUGGCUUAUUUUGAAACGGUUCUUACCAUUAUAUGCCUUGGUUGAAACUUUAAAUUACAGUGUUUGAUUUGCUUUUCUUUAUACUUCUUUGAGAGCUUUUGAAGAUUUGUGUGAUACUUUGGUGUGGAUGUUGUAACUUGUGUUCUGGAUUGUGUAACAGCCUAACCUCUCUACUUUUUGCCAUUUCAGCAGGUCUGAUGUUGCACUUACAUUAUUGAUAUUUUGACGUCUAAACUUUUUUUAUUCAGCUGUUUACUGUUUUGUUUUUUUUUUACUUGUAUUUUCUUUAAGUACUCUAUUACAGAUCUAUUAUUAUGACCUUUAAUGAAAAUAUGAUUUUACUGUUAUCCAUGAAAAUGUUCUAGUGGUGCUGUAGAGUUUUUUUCUGGACAUUAGAAGUCUCAAUCGCUUCUUUUUAUGAACAUAUAUAAAAGUAAUGAUGCCAAUUUUAUUUAAAGAUCUAUUUUUACAUCAUACAGGAAAACAGUGCUACAGAAACGUUUGGGUAAGCUUUGUGCUUUGGAAAAAUUGUGCUGCAAAAUUAAUUACAAAUUAAAUCCCUGCCAUGCUGAUUUCUUUUUAAACUAAAUAUUGGAAAAAGAUGUUUGUCGCUUUAAGGGUUUGAUGACCUCCAGUUAUUCGGUGUGUAGGAUUUAUAAUGGCACACUUAAGUUGUUUUUACUAAUAAGGUAAUUUUUAUUCUGCUCAUGACCAGGAAUCUUGCCCAUGAUAAGCAAAUUUUCAGUUUUACAUUUUAUCUAGAUUACCACACAUCAACAAACUUCACUCCUAAACUCAUGUGUAUACUAGUUUUUUUGCUAGCAAUUGCAUGUGCUAGAAAAAGGCCAGGCCCUUCUUUAAAAUCACUCUCACCUUCAUUUAAUGUUUUAACUUUAUUUUAAUCACAUCCGUUAAUUUUGAGUUUAUUUUGUAGCACAACUAAUUCAAUUCACAAAGUGAUCCCAAACUGAUACAGCGCUCUAAUUUUUGGCAUAAUAAAACAGAAGAUAGUAAUUACCACUUAGAGGUGAAGCGUCACAUGCUGCUGGAGAAGUUGUUUCCAAAAGCAUUGUCUUUAUUUUUGAUAUAGAUGUUUAGAUUUGCAAAGUUUCCAGUCAUGUAUUUGAUGUGAAGAGGCCUGUUGUGUGAUUUCAGGGUCUGUUUACAUGAUGUAGCUCGAGUGGUUCAUUGUCCCAGCUCCAUGUAUCUCAUUCGUUUCGUGGACUUUUUGCUUCGCUUGUGGUUGUGAAUUUUUGGAUUAUGAUUGGAUUUCUCUUUGAUUCUUGUUGUAUAUUAGGAUGAUCAGGUUUUUCUUUUUUUUAAUUACUAAUACACUGUUAUUCUUUGUGUUACUCUGCAUCCAUUUGGAGCAGCUAUAAGCAGAUCUUUAUGUUUGGUGGUAUAUUAUAUUUUUCCGGACUAUUAGGUGUAACAAAUUUGAGUGUUAAAAGAGAUGUUGUUUCUGAUACCUUUCAUUAUCAGGAGCAAUGUUAUCUUUAAUUAGUAUAUGAUGGAUGAUACUGUAAAAGCUUUGACAGAUUUACUUCAGCUAUUUAGUCACAACUGAGAUCAACCCUGUGCUUCAUGAAACUGCUGACGCACAAUUUAUAGUAAAUAAAGACUAAUUUUUGUAGAUCA